AUGCAACAAAUGAUUAAUGUAAAUGAUAAUAUGAAUAAAUUUCAAUUUAUUACAAAGACUGUGAAGAGAUGGGCGAAAAAUCAUUUCAUAUAUAAUGGCCAAUUUGGUUUCUUCAAUGGAGCAACUCUGAAUGUACUUGUUAUUAAACUUGUGUUGCUUUAUUUUGACUCAUCCAUAAUUUAUCUAUUAGAAAAAUUUUUUAACACAUAUAGCGAGUGGGAUUGGGAUUAUCAAGUUAAACUAGGUGAAUUAACCCAAAAUUCAAUUAGUUGGUCAGUUGAAGACGAAAUUAAGGCUAAAAAUGAUUUUUUGUUGAAAUAUAUUGCGAGAUCCGAAGAGGAAAAGAUUUAUUUACAAAGGCAUUUCAAUCUCUUAAUGGUAGUUUUAAUGCCUGGGUAUCCAGAACAAAAUUGCGCUUUUAAUGUAAAUUAUUCGACUAAACAAAUUAUUCAAAGAGAGCUUAAUGAAGGUUUGAAAUGA